AUGGAGGAAUCAAUGUCUGAGUCCCAGCUAGAUGCUGAGUUGAAGAUAGCGAUGCAAUCACGAAGAAGGCAACGGAAACGAAAAUAUUUAGAAGCGUUGGAGGCGAGAGUAGAACCGGAUUUUCACCUAACUGAGGAAGAAAUGAAUGAUGGUGAAAGGGAUAAGCAGCGACCACGACGAGGUCAUUCUCAAAUCAAUUUUCCAGCCCUAAAAUAUAAGGGAGGGAGCAGGAACGAUCUAGCGGUGUUUCUUACGAAUCUGAAGGGGAGGUUUGCGCUAUUAGCAGACGAGUUUCCAACGGAUACAGAGAAAGUGGUAUACGCAAGCACCUUCUUCGAGGGAGCAGUUAGUCGCCGGUGGAUCCGUUUCUUGACAAUUGAGAAACGAACAUGCAGCUUAUUAGCUCAUUCAAAGCUAAAUGCGCUACGCCAAGCUGAAGGAGAGAAAUUUGACACAUUUUUGGAAUGUAGUGCCAGGGCCGCCGAAAGAAUCGCUGCUACCGUUAAGAAACAGCUGGCAGGUUGCCAGCAAGAUAUUGUUGCUUCUGUUUCGUCCCUUGUUGAGUCAUUGGAAAAGAUCAAUAAGAAUGCUUUAAUAGUCGAUUCGGAUGAUGAGAUGAGCGCGGCUGAAGACGAAUAG